AUGGCGGAAGAAGAGCAGCCGGCAACGACAUCAGCAGGCGGUUUCCCUACAGACCCAGCAGAUUUCGACAGCGAUCCGCGCAUCUCCUUCUCGAAGCUCGAUAACAAAUUCAUCCUCGAGACGGAAGAUGGCCAGGAAUAUGAAUACGACUCUGCGCUGAAGCGAUGGGUGCAAACCAUCGAUGAUGCUCUACUGGAACAACAGCGACAAGCAUAUAGAGUCGAAGGUGUGGACGAGACAGAAGAAGUAACGCCAUCCGAGUUGCGAAAGAAGAAACGAAAACAGCCUGAUGAGGAGAACGGCCAAAAACAAAAACGACAGCGCGUCAAUACUGCCGUAUACAUUACCUCCAUCCCGCUCGACGCAACCCUCGACGAAAUUCGCGACGUAUUCUCUAAAUGCGGCGUCAUCGCCGAAGAAAUCGACAGCGGCCGACCACGAAUAAAAAUGUACAUGGACGAAUCCGGAAACUUCAAGGGCGAAGCGCUGGUUGUCUACUUUCGACCGGAGUCUGUGAACCUGGCAAUACAGAUGUUGGAUGAGUCGGAUUUUAGGAUAGGGCAACCUGGGCCGUUGGGGCCGAUGAAGGUGCAGGCGGCGGAUUUUUCGUAUAAGAGUCAGCAGAAUGCGCCUACGAAUACGAAUAUGAGGGACAAGAAGAAGAUUAUGAAGAGGACGCAGAAGCUGAAUAGUAAGCUUGCCGAUUGGGACGAUGACGAGCCUUCUGCGCUUCCGGAUACCAGUUCGCGUUUUGAUAAGGUGGUGGUCUUGAAGCAUAUGUUUACGCUAGAGGAGAUUGAGGAGGAUCCCGCGGCCAUUCUCGACAUCAAACAAGAUAUUCGCGACGAAUGCUCCAAACUUGGCGACGUUACAAACGUGGUUCUCUACGACAAAGAGCCUGCAGGCGUUGUGACGGUGCGUUUUAGUGAUCCGGAUGCUGCCAAGCAAUGUGUACAGACAAUGGGAGGUAGAUUCUUCGGCGGCACGCAAGUCGUCGCGUAUAUAGCGGACGGCUCAGAGAAAUUCAAAAAGACCAACGAAAAGCGAGCAGCGCUGGAAGACUUGGCUGAAGGGCGUGAUCCAGACGAAGAAGCCGAUCGACUCGAAGGGUUUGGUUCGUGGCUAGAGAAUCAGCAUGAGAGCGAGCGAGUGGUGGAAAGUUUUGCUCAUUGA